AUGACACAGUCUGUUGUGGUGCAAGUCGGGCAAUGCGGUAAUCAGAUUGGCUGUAGAUUUUGGGAUUUAGCUCUAAGGGAACAUGCUGCCAUCAAUAAGGAAGGAUUCUUCGAUGAACCUUACAGCAGCUUCUUUCGUAACGUAGAUAACAGGUAUGAAGACCCUCUCGAUGUUGAGGUCGGUAACGGCAGGACAAAAAUUAAAACGCUAAAAGCCAGAGCAGUUUUGGUCGAUAUGGAAGAAGGCGUAGUUAAUGAAUUACUAAAUAGUCCGCUAAGAGAUAUCUUCGAUCAUAAGCAGUUAAUAACUGAUGUUUCCGGAUCUGGAAACAACUGGUCUAUCGGCCACCUCUUCUACGGUAAUCAAUAUCGAGAUAAAUUAGUUGAAGUUCUUAGAAGGGCAGCAGAAAAAUGUGACUGUUUGCAGACGUUUUUUAUGAUCCAUUCGAUGGGAGGGGGAACUGGAUCUGGAGUUGGUACAGCAAUAUUAAAUAUUCUUCAAGAUGAUUACCCAAACGUAUAUCGUUUCGUGACAGCAGUAUACCCUUCUAUCGAAGAUGAUGUUAUAACUUCUCCUUACAAUAGCAUCUUAGCUAUGAAGGAGUUAACAGACAAUGCAGAUUGUGUAAUGCCAAUAGAUAACCAGUCAUUAAUAGAUAUUUGCAAUAGAAUUAGUAACGUAACUGCUACAGCUAGUAGAGGGAUAAGUAAAAAGCAAAUUAAAUCCGAAAGCACUAUUACUAAUAGCCAUGGAGGAAAAACCAAAAGUUCACAAGCACGCCCUUUUGAUGGCAUGAAUAAUAUCGUAGCUAAUUUACUACUAAAUAUGACAAGUUCUUCAAGGUUUGAAGGUUCUUUAAAUGUCGAUUUAAACGAAAUUACUAUGAACUUGGUCCCGUUUCCACGUUUACAUUAUUUGAUUUCCAGCAUGACCCCUCUGUAUGCUUUAGCCGAUGUAAAUUUAUCAACUCGAAGACUUGAUGAAAUGUUCUCUGACGCAUUCUCAAAAGACUAUCAGUUGAUAAAAGCCGACCCAAAACGCAAUCUAUACUUGUCUUGUGCCCUUCUAGUCCGUGGAAAAGUGGAAAUAUCAGAUAUAAGGCGGAAUAUUAAGAGGAUUAGACCUUCUCUUAAUUUUAUUCACUGGAACGAAGAUGGGUGGAAAACUGGACUAUGCUCAGUUCCUCCGGUCGGUCAUCCUUAUUCUCUCUUAACAUUAUCAAAUAAUACGUGUAUCAAAGACACGUUCUCUGAUAUUCAACAUAGAUUUGUGAAAUUGUAUAAACGCAAGGCGCAUCUUCAUCAUUAUCUAGAGGUCGAUGGAAUGGAAAUGGCUACGUUUGAUAAUAGCAUAGAAUCUCUAAAUUCGCUGUUAGAUGAGUACAAAUUAUUGGACCAAACUACUCGAGAAUUAGUAGCUUCACCGCCUCGGUUAAAGGUUGUAUGA